CCGUCUCUCCAGAGCCUUCCCGCUCCAUUCCCACCGAGGCACGUAACACGUUCAUGGCGACCUCCGCAGCAGCGGCAGUGACGGUGAGCUCAUCGGACGCCCUAGCCCUUGCGAGCGCGAUCGUGUCGUUGGCCAGGGACGCCUUCACCCACCGGAGGAACUGCCAGCAGCUCGCCGAGCACGCGGAGCUGGUGCGGGCCCUGCUGGAGAAGGUGGACGGCACGGACCUGGCGAGGGUACCGGAGAUCGAGGAGGGUUUGCGGGAGCUGGAGGAGGUCCUGAGAGAGGCGCUCGAGCUGGUGGAGAGCUGCAGAGGGAAGAGCUGUAUGUACAUGGUCGCCACCGGGUGGAACGCGGUGUACGAGUUCCGCCGCGUGGAGACGGAGAUCGAUCGGCGGGUGAAGAUCCCGACGUUGACUGCGUUGGUGCAUGAGUUUCGCAUGGAGCAUUUGAAGCAAGCCCUGCGAGCCAUCGAAGACGACCACAGAGAUUACAUGCUGGACGAGCUGGACAUCAAAAGAUGCGGACGUUUUGGAGAAGUUCCUGUAUCGGGCGUACCCGACCUGCGAUUCGACGAAGCUCUUCAAGAGGAGCGAGAGAAGCUGCAUGUCGAGUUGCAGUGGUUGCGGUCAAGGAACGAGACAAAGCAGUGUCGGGUGAUUGAGCAUCUCAUCAGCGUCGCCGAGAACCCGUCCAACACAUUGCCGAGCAAGAGGGUCACGAAGCUGCUUGUGAAUCAGCCGGCAUUCGUCAUGUCGGGGUAUAUAAACAAUGUAAAGUCCAUCAGAGAGAGCUUUCAGGAUCAAGGACAAGAUGACUGGCAGGCUGAUCUUUUUGGUUGCUGCAUGGAGCCCUCUUUGAGCUUCAAGACCUGCCUGUAUCCCUGCGGAAUGUUUGCAAGGAUUGCAAACGCAGUGUCCAGAGGAGAAAUAUCUCGUGAACUUGCCGUAAACAACGUUUUUGCAUUCUCUCUCAUUGGCAGUUGCUGCUGCUACACUUGCUGCGUGAGAAGAAGGCUGAGAAAGCUUUUCAACAUUCAGGUGCUUUCCCUUACUAAUCGGUUGCUGACAUUAUGUUCCCUCAAACGAUUUCCAAAUUCAUUUGGUGCCAGGGAGGAAAAUGAUUCCUCCACCUUACCAAUUCAUGAAGCCUUUUAA